UGCUCUGAACAGCCACACAGGAAAAGCCCCGGGAAAAUUUGAAUUUGUAUUCCUUUUCCUGUCUGGCCAGUUUGAAUCUCAUUUCCUGUCUGGACAUUGUGGCGAGCUCAGCAGCACUGGCAAUGAUGCAGAGCUCUCCAGCAGUGAUGGCCGUGCAAUCUCAGAAUAGAAAGAGGGCCCCAGCAUGGACUGAUCGGGAAGUCUUGGAUCUCAUCGCUGUGUGGGGCGAUGAGUCCGUGCUUUCCGAGCUGCGCUCCAAGAAACGGAAUGCAAAGAUCUACGAGAAGAUCUCUAAAGACAUGUCAGAGAGAGGAUACAGCCGGGAUGCAACGCAGUGCCGCAUGAAAAUCAAGGAGCUGAGACAAGGCUACCAGAAGACCAAAGAGGCAAACGGACGCUCCGGAUCCCAUCCCCAGACAUCCCGUUUCUACGAGGCACUGCAUUCCAUCCUAGGUGCGGCCGCCACCACUACCCCACCAGUGACCGUGGACUCUGAGGAUGGGAUAUUGUCCACGGCCGGAUCCUCGGACAUGUUAGCGGACGGGGAAGAUGAGGAAGGAGAAGAGGUGGACGAGGCAGUCGACAGCACUCACAACGCUGAUUUCCCCGACAGCCAGGAUCUCUUCAUCACCCUUACAGAGAUCCCCUACCAACCGUCCCCAGCCGUUACCCCGGACACAGAAUCUGGGGAAGGAUCAGCCACCCCAUCUGCGACUGUCUCACAACCUAGCCUGGCAUCACACUCCCAGAGGCUAGCGAGGAUUAGGCAUAGGAAGAAGAGGACACGGGAGGACAUGUUCUCAGAGCUUAUGGCCUGCUCCCGAGCCCAGGCAGCACAGCAGACCCAGUGGCGGGAGAACUUGUCCCAAAUGCAGCAAGCAAACAUGGAUCGGGAGGAGAGGUGGCGGCAGGAAGACCAGCAGGCGACUCAAACCCUGCUUGGACUACUGAGGGAUUGA